AUGGCUCAACCGCUCACCCAACCCCUCGAUAGACGAAGAUAUGUCAAACUCGGGGUUGCCAUAGAAGACAUCAUGAUAUCGUUCAAGUACGACAAAUACGGAGCUAGGAGCCUGGUAUUCGUGAUACUCUUGACUUCGAUUUGUCACGUCGUUUCCGAGAGGCUGGAGAAAGUCAUGAAGAAAGUGAAAGAGGCUCUGAAGCUGGAGAGAGGAGGCUUUUGGGACGACAGUCUACACGAGUACAAGCAAAGAGUCAUUGGAGACCAGAGAAAUGCGCGCCGCCGGCUGGUGGUGUUCCAGAGCCGCGUGCGAGAGUUGAACGACACGGCUGCUAACGUGAAAGACACGCUCAUCUCGCUGACCGAUAUGUCCAUGACUCGGGCCACACUCAACACGACCAUUGACACCAGGCAGAUGAGGGUGUUGGCCUAUUUGACCGCCGUCUUCCUCCCAUUCACCUUCGUGGCGGUGUUUCUCACGAUACCCAUGUUUAAAUGGCCAGACCCGCCCGACGGACAGCAUUAUAUCAAGACACCUCUUAUCCUCUACUUCAGCAUCAGCACUGGGCUGGUCGUGUUGACAGCCUUGUUCAUGAAGUACUACUCGGAUGAACAAGUUGCUGCCCUUUGGCGUAUCGUGGUGGAUUUCCUUGCCAAGUUGUGA